AUGAAAUUAUUGAUAUUAUUAAUAGUUUUAUCAAGCAUCUUCUGUAGAGAACAUAGACCUAUGGCAGGAGGUAAAUUCAAACCAGAUUAAAAUGAUUAAGGAUUGGGAUAGGCAAUAGCAUAUGCAAAAUAAAAUUUUUAAAGUUCUAAUUUUUUAGAUAAUAAUUAGCAUCUUGUGCUGGUACUUCUGGAUAUUCAUGGGAUAAAAUUUUGAAUGUGGAAUAACAGAUUGUGAAUGGAAGCAAUUAUUAUAUUUCAGCUUUGUUAAAAAAUGGAGAUAAAACAAAAAAUGUUAAAAUUGUAGUUUAUAUGCCUGCUUCACCACCAAGCAUAAGAAUAACAUCAUGCUAAGUAUUUUGA